CAGACCUGCCAUGGUUUCAUGUAAACAGGUGUUUUGAUAGAAUGGAGUUUAAAAGAAAUUGAAACACAGAGGCUUUAACAGCAAGCAAACCAUGGCAUCAAUUGUCCCACAAAGUCGCCAUGACAUGGACAUGGCAUAUUCUGUGGAGAGCUACCGUGGUGGGGCCGUCUCCUCCAUGGCCCGAGAAGACCUUGAAAAGCAGAGAAACAUGAUGUCCAUGCAAGAAGCCCGCUGGGUGGGCGUGAGGAAGAAAGUGCCCGGCAUGUCGGGGAUUCCUGGGACAAAACAGAAGACGAGAUCUCAACAGAGCCCGAGAUUUCAGAGCCGAUUUGAGUCAGGCUAUCUGGACAUGGAAGAUCCAUAUAUGAAGAAAAUAAAUGAGAUGAACACCGACAUGAAGGAGAAGUUUCAGCAAAAGGAAUGCUAUCGUUUUGUACCAGCCCAGUUACAUCUACAGAGGCCAAAGGCAGUUCACAUGCAAGAUAUUAAGUGCUGCUGCGGCGAAAUACUCAGUGAACACAAAAUAAUGAAGGAAAGCCACGGUACCUUUGAAAAGACCCAUGCAUUUGAACAACUUGUGUCUCCAGAGUUUCAUGAAUUGAUGGCCCGUGACGGCAUGGAUGAACCCCCAAAGAAAAUACCUGAGCCACAAAAACCUUGGGAUGGUAAAAAUGAUAAGGUGGUACGAAAACUUACGACGACCUCUUUCGGAAAGAUUAACUUUGAGAAUGUGGAGCAUGCUGGUGGCAAGAAGCCAGCCAAGUAUGUGAGAGUGUCUGACGAUACAGAUGUGGUGCAUUUACUGGAAUUGAUGAAGAAACACUGGCGUAUGAUGGAACCCAAACAACCAGACCUGGUCAUUUCGGUGGUGGGUGGGGCAAAGAAUUUCAAGCUUGAUGGACGAAUGAGGGACACUUUCUCAUCUGGGUUGAUCAAGGCGGCGAAGACCACGUCUGCCUGGCUGAUAUCGUCAGGUUUUAAUAUGGGCAUCAUGAAGUCAGUGGGUCAGGCCGUGAGGCAGGGCCAGUCUUUCAACUGGGACAACGACCGCAUGGUGCACGUGUUGCGGUGCAUCGGGAUCGCCCCCUGGGGCUACGUCAAGGACAGGAAAUUCCUGGAGAACACAGAAGAGAGGAGUAGACGCAACGAGGCUAUCAACUACCGCACAAGCAAUGUGAUAUUGCAUGACUCCCCCGUACCCCUGAACCCGGACCACACACACUUUAUCUUCGUGGACGACGGCCUGAGGAAUCGCUAUGGGGGCGUAUCAGGGGUCAGAGCUCGUCUGGAGCAGAAGAUAUCCCAGCCUGAGAGUGAAGGCGGCCUGGGUAUCCCUCUGGUACUGGUUGUUGUGGAGGGCGGAACCGACAGCAUACACGAUGCAUCAGAGUCGCUCAAGCAAAAAAUCCCAGUUGUGGUGUGUGCAGGCACGGGCAGGGCAGCUGAUAUUCUCAAGUUUGCCUACAAAUAUACAAAGACCUCAGGUAGCGACAAGAAGAUGACCCAGGAGCAGGAAAAGAAACUUGACCAGAAGAUUUUGGAUGCUUAUGGCAAAACUUGGAAGGAUGAUGAGCGGGCGAAAAAUAUUGGCAAUAUCAAGAAGAAAGUCCAGGAAUGCUGCGAAUGCACCGAUCUUAUGCAUAUCUUUCACAUGAACAAACACGAAGAUCUGGAUCUGGCAAUCUUGUCAGUGCUGCUUAAAGCUCGCAAGGGCAGUGACGAGCAGCAGCGUCUCAGUCAGCUAAAACUGGCCCUGAACUGGGACAGGGUGGACAUCGCCCAGGAGGAGAUAUUCAGGGAGGACGUCCUCUGGUCAACAGGCACACUCCAUGAUGUGUUGACUGAGGCAUUGAAGAAGAACAAGGUGCAGUUUGUGGAGCUGAUCCUGCGUCAGGGCAUUGUCAUGAAGGAGUACCUCACAGUGCAGGUCAUGGUGGAACUCUAUGAGAAUAUUCCAAGCUAUGUAGGCAAGGUAAUGCACAGGUUGACCGGCAAAACUUUAAAUGAGACGGACAAAAACAAGACGGGCGGUAAGACGUUUGUGGAUAUUGAGAACAUAAGAGAUCUGCUUUUCAAGCUUCUUGAUAAAUAUGACACCAUGGAAGAACUUUUGGUGCCUCUAGACAGGGAUACUGAAGAGGCAGCUGUGAAUCCCAAGCUGCGUCACUUCCAGCGUCCGUACAAAAUGUUGCUAACGUGGGCAUUGCUGCUGAAAUACCAAGAGAUGGCAAAGCUGUUCUGGGAGCUUGGAGACGAACCAAUCACAAGCGCCCUUGUGGCGACCCGAAUCUUUCAGAAUAUGGCCAAGUACCUGCCCAAACAUGAGUCUCAUCUGCAGGAGGGCUUUGAGGAACUCAAGAAGGAGUUCGAGGGCCUUGCAACAAACGUGUUAAACGCCUGCCAUAUGGUCGACCCAGAUAAAGCAAUGAUGAUAGUUGAGCGCAAGUCUCCGUGUUUCAACGAGAUGUCAUGUCUGCAGAUUGCUGCCUCUGCAAACGAUACAAAGUUCCUCUCGAGUCCUACGUGCUUUAGCUCUCUCAACAUGAAAUGGAAACAUGGAAUACUAUUUACAUUGCCAAAGAUGUUUCUGUGUAUCAUAUUCCCUCCCUACAUCAUUUUUGGUCUGGAAAUCCUCAAUCUAGACGUUGGAAAGAACGAUGGCAACAAUGGCACUGGCAACUGGUGCCAGAAAAUUCGCGCUUGGGUCCAAAAAAUUGCCAUCUUCUACUCUUCACCCUUAUCAAAGUUUGCGCAUGGAAUGGUGGCGUAUGCUGUGUUUCUGAUAGCUCAUUCCUACAUGGUGUUGGUGGAUUUCAAACGUUACGAGGUCACGCCUCUAGAAUGGGUCAUGGUCAUUUGGGUCUUCUCCUUCUUCAUUGACGAAAUACACACUUUUAUAGCUUUCCCGUCGCCUACAUUCUGGUCGAAGAUCCGUGACUGGUAUGGCUUCCUCAAGUGGCUUGAUGUGAUCAACUUCAUCCUCGCCUUUGUAGCCUUCAUCGUUCACAUUGCAUCGCCUCAUCAUUUCAAUGUGACUAAGGUGCUGUACUGUGUGAAUUCCAUCAUCUUCUACCUGAGGAUUAUGAAGAUCUACAUCGCCCACGGCCAGCUAGGGCCCAAAAUGUUCAUGAUUCGCAGAAUGUUGGACGAGCUGCGCAUGUUUGUCAUGGUGAUGGUGGUGUUUCUGCUGGCGUAUGGCAUAGCCAGCCAGGGCCUGCUGUACAAGACGCGCUCGCCAACGUGGAGAAUCCUCAAGGACAUCAUCUACUUUCCAUACUGGCAGCUUUUCGGAGAAAUAUUCCUCGAGGAAAUCGACACUGAGGACUCGUGCACGGCAGGGGCAGACAACUGUCGUACCAGCCACUGGCUCGUGUACUUCCUGUUGGCAGGCUACCUCAUGGUCGGCAACAUCCUCCUCCUCAACCUACUCAUUGCCAUCUUCAGUCACGUGUUUGAGGCGGUGGAUAAAAACUCCCAAGAGAUCUGGAAGUAUCAGAUGUACUUCAUGGUGAAUGAAUAUGAGAAGAAGACAGCCCUGGUGCCGCCUGCCUCCCUCCUGGAGCACUUCUACCUUGCAGUCAUGUGGGUCGUGAAACAUACCUGCAGUGGAAAGAGGCGAAAGGAUGAGCAGACAUGGGGGCCACGUCACCUGGAGUACCUGCAGCUGUUUGAGAAGGAGAUGAUGAUGAACUGCCUGCGCGACAUGAAGUCCAUGGAGAUGUCUGGCAUUGACAUGACCGUGCACAAGCUGCAGAAGAGAGUGGACGAGCUGACUAAGCUGAUAGAGGAUGAGGUUGUGGUAGACACAAUGCCCAACCAUCCGUGGAAGCAGUGGAUUGAUGAGUUGGUCAAGGCCGCACCCGAGGAGGGGCUGGAACCUGAUGGCAGGCCCCAGAGUGCCAAGUUGGUUCAAAUUGCUGAAGUUGAAGAGGAAGACAAAGAAAAAAAGCACAAGAAAAAGAAGAAAAAGAAAGAAAAGAAAAGAAAGAGAGAGCGAGAACAAUCAGAGGAAAGACAGGGCAAGGGGGACAAUUUGAACAAUUUGAACAUAAUUGAAGCUCCAAAACCAGAAUUUGAGAAACAGUUGUUUAAAAAAACUGAGAGGGGCUUAGUUCCGACUCUUCCCAGCGAUGAUUCUGAGACCGAUAAUGUCUCGCCACUCUACCAGAAGCAGCAGAUGGAUAGAUAUGCUUCCUCCCAGCAAAAGUUGUCUCCCUUACCUUCCCGUCGUCAGGCAGAGGGCGGAGUUGCUAGGGCUGAACCUGUCAGAAUGCCGGUGUUGUCCGAUAGUGAUGAGUUAUCACCUAGGGAACUGAGGAAAAGGAAGAAGAAAAAGAAGAAGCAGCAAAUGAGAUUCAGUAAAACUGAGAGUGACUAGUGAGACUAUUCCCCUCAGGUAAAGAGUUCUGGAAAAACGCACUAAAUGCUGUGUUGUCUAAGAUAAGCCUUUUGAAUUCUGCACAGGCUUAUCAGGGAUGACACUUUCUGCUUUUACUGAAUUUAAGCAUUUAAAGAAAGUCUCUUCUAAAUUAAAUCAAGUUGGACUGCACAGGCUAAUCUGGGACAACACUCUAUAUAUAUGCAUUAAGCCUUAUUUACCCAGUUUUUAUUUUGAACACCUGAUCUUUAAAGCUUUGUCAAUAGACAGAGUUCAAAUAACCAUUGUUUAACAUGCAAUAUAAAUUUAUAUAAAAAUAGUAGUUUUGAUAUGUAUGAAUAUAGGAAAUAAUUGGUUUAAAUGCUGAUUGUCACCAUACAUUGAACAAGAUGCAAGCUUACAACCUCAUAGUUUAAUCCCCACGUUCAGACCUCAAAGUCAUUGUCUUGAUAAUAAAUGGUCUGGAAAAGGUCCUAAAAUGUUUCAGUGCCCCUUCACAGAUGAGCAUUUUGCAGUUUGUAGAACUGGGCAGUUACAGUUCCACCACUGUGUGUGCAUUUACUAUAAAUAUUGAUAAAUGUAGAUAUUGUUUUAAGGGUAAUGUGGCACACUAAUGCUCAACAGAUGAAUAAAUUGUGUUUUCCAAAGGAAAAAAAUGGUUAUUAGAUUGGCGAAUGUCAGUGGGCUGGCGGGCGGGCGGAACAGGCUUGUCCGGGCCAUAACUAUGUCGUUCAUUGUGAGAUUUUAAAAUCAUUUGGCACUUUUGUUCACCAUCAUUGGACGGUGUGAUGGGGAAAGAAUUACGUCAAUAUCUCCAAGGUCACACUUUGAGUUCAAAGGUCAAAAAUGGCCAUAAAUGAGCUUUUCCGGGCCAUUACUAUGUCAAUCAUUGUGAGAUUUUAUAAUCAUUUGGCAUGUUUGUUCACCAUCUUUGGACGGUGUGUCGCGCGAAAGAAUUACGUCAAUAUCUCCAAGGUCACAAUUUGAGUUGAAAACCUGGUUUUGUGACAAUUUUGUCCCUUGUUUUUCUGAUGAUUUGUGUGUAGUAUUCUCUGCAUUUGAAGAUGUAGAACUAUAUGGGAUAAGGUUGUUUAAUGCAUGUGUGUAAAGUGUUGUCUCAAAUUAGCCUGUGCAGUUUGCCAUACCGUCUGCAGACUGUCCUACAGACAACUUGAUCUUCACGUUAGCCAGGCUCUGGAAAAAAACAAGCUUAAUGCAUUAACGUCUAGAAUCAUUCUUGAAUAAGCUUCAACAGUCCACACAGGCUAAUCUGGGACAAUACCUUCCGCUUUUAUGGAAUUAUAAUAUCGAAGGAAGUUUUUUUAAAGUGAAUAUCCAGGUACUGAUAUUAGAGAUGAACUAUUUACUGUGCACCAAUGUCAAUUAUUAAAAAGCCACAUGAAAAUACAUUCUUAAUGAAAUGAGCAGGGCUCUUUGAAAAAGUGGUUUAAUGCACGUGUGUCUGCACAGGCUAAUCAGGGAAGACACUUUCGCUUUUAUGGUAUUUUUUGUUUACAGAAAAUCUCAGUUUUGGUGGAAAGUGUUGUCCCUGAUAAGCCUUGCCGACUUCACAGCCAAAUCUUGGACGACACUUAUCGCACAUGAAUUGAACCCUUUUUUUCACAGAGCACAGAGUACAGAGUACCUGGUGCAUUGUUUUACAGCAAUAAUUUUACAACUACUUUUAUAAAUCUAGUAUUUAUAUCCAUACUUGUACAGUUAUUUUGUAGUGCUUAUCUUUUGUACCAUUAUGUUGAAGUUGGUAUGUUUUUGUAUAGAUUUUUUAGAAUUCAGAUGAAUGAAAAUUAUAAAUGCUAUAUAUUGUCUGUGAUAUUUGUUCAAGAAUGUUAAAUUGUUGCAAAUUAUACUUUCAUGUACAUUUUACAUUUAAAAAAAUACAAACAAUAUGCAGGAUAUUCCGGCCAUGUUUGUUCGAAAAAUGAUAAAUUUAAACACAAACCCAUUUGUUAUUUCAUUGCUGUUUAUUUCAUUUGAAUUUAUUGUUUAUGUAAGUAAAUCAGUCUUUGAGAUUGUACUUUCAUCUUAUUCCCUCCAUCACACAUAUAAUGUUAUUUAAAAUCCUUUAUUUAAGGCAAUAUUUGUAUAUUUUUACAUACUGGUACUUUUGAACAUAAUGUUGAUGUAUUUUUAUUUAUUGUUGGUGUAUGUUUUAUAAAAUACCAACCACUUGUAAUAUAAUCUAACUACACUAUUCUUUUAAUAUACUUCAUUUUGAUAUUGUAUAAAGUAUAAAUAUUUCACUUUAUAUUAUGAUUUUCCUGUUGGGCGCCCAAAAAUGUCAUUACAUGUUUGAUCAAGGGAGGCUGAUUCGUAUGUUGUAUAAACAUUUAAUGCAGAGUAGCCACGAUUGGUUAAAUUGGGGGUCACACUUGGGAAACCAAACAUAUCCAAAAGAAAUUACAGUAAAACAAUGAAAAUUAUCGAUCAUUAUCACUGUUAAUUUACUCUGUUUGAAACAGUGAAUUAACAGUUUUAAUUCACUUAUAUUUCUCUAUAAACCACGGGAAAGCAUAAAAUGAAUAUGCUUGUUUAGAUACUCACAUGAUAUAAAAUAUAAUUUUAAUAUAGGUAAUAGAUUCUUGACAAGUUGACAGUAGAAUUAGUGUUAAUGAAUUAGUUUGCCUGUUGAUUUGUUGUGUAGCAAAAUAUGUUGUUAAUUUUAUUAGCUCACCUGAUUGCUCAGGUGAGCUUUUGUGGCCGGUCUUGGUCCGUCAUCUGUCCGUCCGUCCGUUCAUAUUUAUUCGUAAACACUCUAUAGGCCACAUUUAUUGACGAUCUUCAUGAAACUUGGUCAGAAGCUUUGUCCCAAUGAAAUCUCGGUCGAGUUCUAAACUGGGUCGUGCCGGGUCAAAAACUAGAUCACUAGGUAAAAAAAAAAAAAAGGUAAACACUGUAGAAGUCACAUUUUAUGCCCAAUCUUCAUGUAACUUUGUCAAAAUGUUUGUCUUAAUGAUAUGUUGGUUGAGUUCAAAAGUGGUUCCAGUCAGUUGAAAAACAUGGCCGCCAAUGGGCGGGCAGUUUUUCUUAUUUGGCUAUAGAGAAACCUUGUAAACACUCUAGAAGUCACAAUUUUUGCCCAAUCAUCAUGAAAGUUGGUCAAAACAUUGGUUUUAUUGAUGUCUCGGACGAGUUAGAAAAUGGUCCAGAUCGGUGAAAAAACAUGGCCGCCAGUGGGCGGGGCAUUUUUCUCUAUAUGUAUAUAGUGAAAACAUGUGAACACUCUAGAAGUCACAUUUUUGUCCCAAUUUCCAUGAAAUUUGGUCAGAACAUUUGUUUCCUUGAUAUGAGAGCAGAGUUCGAAAAUGGUACCGGUCAGUUGAAUAACAUGGCUGCCGGGGGGGGGCAGUUUUCUAAUAUUUAUAUAGUAAAAAAGCUUGUGAACACUCUAGAAGUCACAUUUUUUGCCCAAUCAUCAUGAAACUUGGUGAAAAGAUUGGUUUUAUAUAUAUCUCAGAUGAGUUCGCAAAUGGUCCCGAUCGGUCAAAAAACAUGGCUGCCAGGGGGGUGGGGCAGUUUUCCUUAUGUGACUAUAUAUAGAGAGAAACCUUGUGAUUGAACACUAUAGAAGUCACAUAUUUUGCCUAAUCAUCAUGAAACUUAGUCAAUACAUUGGUUUUAUUGAUUUCUUGGACAAGUUGGAAAAUGGCUCAGAUCGGUGAAACACACUUUUUAGCUCACCUGAUUGCUCAGGUGAGGUUUUAGUAUUGGUCUUUGUCCGCUGUCUGCCCGUCCACUCUUGGUUUGUAAACACUCUAGCAUUCACAUUUCUCAAGCAUUCUUUAUCAAAGUUGCUGAAAGAUCUCAGUCAAAUUUGAUAAUGAACAAAAUCACAUAAUUAAUGCCAUAAUUAUUGCCCUUAGAUUGCCCAAAUUUUCAUUAUAUUAUACAAAAUCCUUGUAAACACUCUAGAGGUCACAAUUUUGUUUCAGAUUUUAUGAAUCUUGGUACCUAAUAAUAUUUAUUUUUGUAAGCAAAGUUUGAUGUUUGGUAACUGGGGUCAACUCAAAAUAUAGGUCACCAGGUCAAAUCUUACGAAAACACAAACACUCCAUACGCCAGAGUUUUGGAACAAUAAUGAUGAAACAUGACCAUGAUGUUUGUCUGGACAAUAUCUAGGUCAAGUUUGACGUUUGGUUAAGAUUGAAUGAACCGACUCCUCUCAGGUGAGCGAACUAGGGCCAUCUCGGCCCUCUUGUUUUCAUUCUUGUUAUCAGUAUAAUAUUAUGUUGAGUACUGCAGACGGGUCAGGGAAAUCGCACAGUCUGGUCAUGAGCUGAGGAUAGCUCCUGACUGGACUGCGCAAAUGUGCUUGCUGGGGUUGAGCUACGCUUGAAGCAUUUAGCUAAAGAGCAAUCUUGUAUCAGUAUAUUGUAUUGCCCUGUUUUAAGCUGUGAUCCAUAAACAUUUUAAGGUUAAAAAAUGUGUCAUUUGUAUAUUAUUAAAAAUUAUGUAAGGAAAGUCUUAUAUAAAAGCUAUAUUUUUGUUUAGUCAUCCCACUGUUAAUUGCAGACAAUGUGAUACACGUGUAUUUGCAAUGAACAGGUCAAAUCACAAUUUCAGUAUUGUAAACACACUUGUAAAAAUAUGUUUGUUAAUUAAGAAUUCAAAUGUUCUUGGAAUACUACUUUUACUAGGUAAAAUUUGUACCUCAUUACAGUAUAAGUUUCAGUUACUUUCAUUAUACCUGUACAAACUAAAAGGCAUUAGAGCUAUUACGAUGAAAGAAAUCCAUGUGUGGUACUUAACCCUUAAAGCGCUGGAGCUGAAUUUUA